AUGGCAGCUGAACCGGCGGCCCCGUGGUCGCGAUGGGAUGCUUAUGGCACUAUACAAACAUCAACCUAUCGCCCAUCAUUCGUCGCUCAAGUCCUGCCCAAUAACAACAACUUUUUACAACGCCAGUUCGAUGCCUCUCAACAACAGCAACAACAGUUUUUCGCGAGUACUGGGUUUCCUCUAAUAAAAGCGGGACUGGUUCGGAGAGACUAUAAUCAGCAAGAUCCAAAUUUCUACGAUUGCGUUUACGCGGUGGCAAACACAGCAAAUACGGUCACCGAGACAUGUUACAAGGAGAUUGGCUGCUGUGAGGGAGGAUGCUGCCCAAAUUCAUACUGGCACGAAAAGUACGGUUGGGCGGUGGCGUUGAUCGUGAUUUUCUGCAUCUUUGUCAUCAUUGGGGUGGCUGUUUGGCUGGUGGUUUGGUUGAUGAAUCGUUCUCGUGACAAACAGAUGCGUCGCGACUUGGCAUCGGCGCAGAGCGGAAUCUCACCCGCGCACUCACAGACAAGCCUCUACAAUCGCCAACAGACUCCAAUCUAUGCUCCUUAUGGACAAAAUUUGCCUGCCGCUAAUGCCGCCUAUAAAUAC